AUGUAUCCAACACGGUCUGGCCAAGAUAGCCCUGUUUCCGGGCAGGUGCGUACAAGUGAUAAGAUCAAGUCAAGGCCAAACAUUUAUGGCCGACCAUUCAUGUAUUACAACUCAAAUCUUAGGCACACCAGGAAAAGCAAGAUGAAGACAAGGACAACAGCUUCACAGAUUGCCAAGAUGUUGCGUCCAGUGAAUCGGAAAGGACAAGAUUUGAAUACUAAUUCUGGCUCUGCCAACCUUAGGCGUUCAACUAGGAAGAGAAGGCUUAGUGUAAAUCUUGAAGAUUUCACAGACAGCUCUGGAGCUGAGGAUGAAGACUUAAUGAGACCUGCAUAUCAACCAUUGAGAAACCAGAUUAGCAUUAGCAUCAGCCGGGAUGAUUUGAUGUCUACUAAACGCAAAAGAGCAAUGGAGAAACCUACACCUCGGCGUGAAGGUCUACGACCACGUCGCUCAAAGGCUGGCGCAAGAGAACGAUUAAUUUUAGAAUCAGAUGAUGAGCAAGAGCUUUCAGAAGAGAAGGUUGAACAAGAUGAAACAGAAAAUGGAAAUGAUGUUGAGGAAAAUGAUGCAGAUGAUGAUCAAAAUGAGAUUGAGGUGGACACUGAGGGUGAGGAUGAAGGCAAGGAUGAAGGUGAUGAAGAUGGUGAUGAUGAAGAAGAUGGAGAAGAGAAGGAUGGAAGAAGACGCUAUGAUCUUCGAAAUCGUUCAGAUGUCUGCAGGUUCUCUAUGGAGGAAGGGAAGGCCCGGCAAAGAUCUCCUCGAAGAGUGUUACAUCAAGGUAUGGGAACUAAAGUCAGUAGGGAUGUAAGGAAGGGUGGUUCACAUGUUCAUAAGCGUCAUCGCAUAACAAGGCCUGAAGAUUCUGAUGACUCCCUUCUUGUGGAUGAGCUAGACCGAGGCUCUGCUAUUCCAUGGGGGCGAGGUGGAAGCAGAUCUGGCCCACCUUGGCUUUUUGGGGGCUUAGACAUGCAUGGAACAUCUUGGGGAUUAAAUCUUACUGCAUCAGGUUGGGGUCACCAGGGUGAUGCUUUGGUUACUCUAACUUCUGGGAUUCAAACUGCUGGACCAAGUUCUAAGGGAGGAGCAGAUAUCCAACCCUUACAGGUUGAUGAUAAUGUUAGUUUUGAAGAUAUAGGUGGGCUCUCUGAAUACAUUGAUGCUCUAAAGGAAAUGGUUUUCUUUCCAUUAUUAUACCCAGAUUUCUUUGCAAGUUACCACAUUACUCCACCUAGAGGGGUGUUGUUAUGUGGACCCCCUGGUACAGGGAAAACAUUAAUUGCAAGAGCUUUGGCUUGUGCUGCUUCAAAAGCUGGCCAGAAAGUUAGCUUUUACAUGUGCAAGGGAGCAGAUGUACUAAGCAAGUGGGUUGGUGAGGCUGAAAGACAAUUGAAACUACUCUUUGAGGAAGCACAACGGAAUCAACCUUCUAUUAUCUUCUUUGAUGAAAUAGAUGGACUUGCACCUGUGAGGUCUAGCAAGCAAGAACAAAUUCACAAUUCCAUUGUGUCCACUUUGCUUGCUUUGAUGGAUGGUCUUGAUUCUCGUGGACAAGUUGUUUUAAUUGGAGCUACCAACAGGAUUGAUGCUAUUGAUGGAGCCUUGCGACGUCCUGGUAGAUUUGAUCGUGAAUUUAACUUUCCCUUGCCUGGUUGUGAGGCACAUGCUGAAAUAUUAGACAUUCAUACUCGUAAGUGGAAGCAUCCUCCUCCAAAGGAACUGAAAAAGGAACUUGCAGCUAGUUGUGUUGGUUACUGUG